CCUGUCGCGACAGCUAUACGCUUGUAGGUUGGACUAAGGAUCACUCCGGGAAGCAGUUCUUCUCCGUAGCCCCAACAUGUCCGAGCAAGGGGAGCCCGCCGGCCUCACCGAUGAAGCAGCCUUCAGUGCCUGCUCCGACCCUCAUCCCAGCACGAAGGAUUUUCUGCUACAACAGACGAUGCUAAGGGUAAAAGAUCCCAAAAAGUCUCUGGAGUUUUAUACUAAGAUUCUCGGAAUGACCCUACUCAACAAGUGUGACUUCCCUGCUAUGAAGUUCACCCUCUACUUCUUGGCUUACGAAGAUAAAAAUGAUAUUCCAAAAGAUAAAAAAGAGGCAGUUGCAUGGACUCUGUCUAGAAAGGGCGUACUAGAACUGACGCACAACUGGGGCACUGAAAAUGAUGAGAGUCAGGCUUACCACAAUGGCAAUUCAGAUCCCCGAGGAUUCGGUCAUAUUGGAAUUGCUGUUCCUGAUGUAAAUGCAGCUUGUAAAAGAUUUGAGGAGCUGGGAGUGAAAUUUGUCAAAAAACCAGAUGAUGGUAAAAUGAAAGGGCUUGCUUUUAUCCAGGAUCCUGAUGGCUACUGGAUUGAAAUCCUGAAUCCAAACCAUAUGACAACUAUAAUCCCGAUUGGAAAUACUGCGUAGUGAUAUUGCCAUCAAGAGACUGAAAAUUCUUAACAAUGUCCUCCUGAUUUAACAAAAAGUUGUUCUAGUCAUUCGCCAAAUGAUAAACAAAUGGGAAUGAAGAGUGUUCCCUUUCCCCUUGCUAUGUCUGCAAAGGUAGGAUAUUGGAAGCUUCCAUUUCUAGCAUGUGGUGAGCUAUACUUUGCCAUUUUGACUGAAUGCAGGAAACUAUGGUUUGCCACCCACAAACUUGGAAGUGUAAGCUUCUAAUAUCUUUUCCUAAUGCACGAACAAAUGCAAGGAGGAUGCAUAUGAAUGAGGCUUAGUGCUGCUUAUUUUCAUAAGGCUAUGGUUUGUGUUGACUGUAUUUAAGAACCCACACAGUGGUGUGCCCUUCAAAAUGUACAGCAGAUAAACUGUGAUUUCAAGCUGCUUAUCUUCUUUUGUCUUUGAUCUGCACAUUUCACAAGUUCUUUCCUGUCUGCACAGAGCAGCAGCAUUUUGAGAUGGAGCAACAGUCAUAACUGGUUUAUCAGUGGUUUAUGAAUUCAGAUGUAAUGGCAGACAAUAAUUAGUGCAAACCAUGACUGAGCCCAACAUAAGGUCAAACAUUUUUUUAAAGAAAAUCCCAUAGUUUGCCAUACUGCUUGAAUGUAGCCAGUAUGUUCUGGAAUUAGUUACUUGGUUUAUCCUGCACAGAAAUCAUAAAUGUAACCUUUUCGUAGCUGGCCACAUUUUGUAGUAUAUUAUGGCCAGAUUCUUAUUCUUAGUAAAAAAAAAUUGUUUUGGUAUGUGAGAUGGCUACGGUUGCAUUAUUUAAACAUGCUGGCAAAAGGAUGGAUUGUUCCUGAAUCCAGUUGAUGGUUAAUUUUAGAACACGGUAUUUCUAUAACGGGUGUUGCUUUGUGCCUUGAACCCAAGUGCACAAGUUACUAUGAAUGAAAUGGCAGUGUACAGUUAAAGAUGAACAGGCAAGUACUACACUUAUAGUAUGAAUGCUGGUUACAAGUGUUUGAAGUGGGGUAGGAUGCCAUCCUACUUUUCAGGCAGACUGGAUACCACACCCACAGUUGCACUCCAGGAGCUAGGUGGCAUGACAUGUAUUUUCUUAAUAUCAAUUUUGUCUUGGUGUAGUUCUAACAUAAACUAAAGCCUAGAUGUCUGAAAUGUUAAUGUACCACCUAUUAUGCUCUUUACCUGUCUCAGUGGGUUUCUAGUUGUUUCCAAGCUCUCCCAAGGUUUACAAAACUGACACAUGAACUAGUCAGUCUUCAUCAGUGUUUAAUUUGUACUGACACAUUUAGACUAUGCGCAAUCCACACUUUGCCGAAUAGCCCUGACUCAACUGUCUUUGUUAAUUGGGGCAUUGUUAGCAGCACUUUAGAUCUCCUUUUGUGAUUAACCAGCCUUUAGUGCAGUGUUGACAUCAAAUAAUAGUAAUAAAAAUAUUUUCGAGUUAAAAA